UCGAAAGCCUCAUCUCUGUUACCUCCAAAAGCUUCAAUGGAUAGCCAUCUACCGCCAUCCAAGCCCCAUCGUGUUUCACCUGGGGACAUGAAAAUUCCACAAGGGGCGUGGCAGGAAGAAGAAUCAUUGGAGGUUUACAGAAGGAAAAGGACACAAAGGCCAACGGAAGGUGCUCCAGAAAUCGUACGCUUCGUGAAACGCCAUCCGAGCGCGGCUCCUACUCCGUUCGAAGUCUGCCCCUAUCGCCCUCCUCUGGCUGCUGAUGAAACCGCCAGUCGUGAAGACGUUUCGGGAAGAGCUCCUUCCAAAGACGGCCUGGAGACUCCAUAUCGUCGUAGCGAAAGGGAAGGAGAGCUCACAGCUGAAACACCUAUACUCGAUCGUACCAUCUACUACGAGCGUGAAGUCGUUCAAGGCGAAAAGACUUCGGACAGAGGAAGUCGACAUCCAUCACGUCAAACACUUGAUGUCGAUGAUGAGAUCUCCCAGACAAAUCGAAGAGUGGACAGCGUGUUUCAUGAAUACGGCUCCGCUGCACCUCGAAGUCCUCAACCAUCAGUUCAGAGCUCUGUUCAGGAACGAAGAGUCGAGGAACGGCGUAGUUUCGAAGAAAAGAUGUCUUCUAAAAGAGAGCACAUCAAAAGAGUCGAGCGCUCACUGGAACCACCCAAAGCACAUUCGGAAAAGCGAGGAUCAUUCGCUGCAGCGGAAACUGGCCCACAAAGAUCUAGGGAUUCCAGUUAUGUUUCAGAUUACAGGAAAUAUGAGCGCUCAACUUUUGGACCACCAUCUCGUCCAAUCUCAGCUGCUCGGAGCACUCACACAGCUUCAGAACGCUCCGGUCACAGCCAGUACGAUCGCCACAGAGACGGUAUUCGCGAACAUGAAAAAACCCUGAUGCAUGAACGGAAAACUACGCGAGAUGUACCCAUUUACACACAUGCACCACCUCGUCGCGAUGAACCACCACCUCGACGUAUUUCAACAUCUCAUGCCGGUGCACCUCCUUAUCGAAAAGAUGUCGAUGGGGAUCGUCGCCCUCCGAUCACUGAAAUUAUAACAACAGAACGAUUCGAAAGAAUCGAAAGAGUUCGACGACGAUUUCCUGCCACAUCUGUCUAA